CUAGAAGGACGUGGAGAGCAAAUGGUCACCAGAUGUAUCUCUCAAAAUGAGAUCCUCUUUUAGAGGAUAAACGUGACAGCCCUUUGGCUCUCGUCUGGGUCACGCUCAAGCACAUCCCCUUCUUCCUUACUAACGCCCAAUCCCUAUUCUCUAUUGUGAAAACUCUGGGGAAACCAAUUCAAAUGGAUGAGACCACAGCGAGGGGUGGAUAUUUCAAUUCUGCUAGAGUUCUGGUGGAGAUGGACGCGUCCAAACCCAAACAACCUGCCAUUCUGGUACGUAAUCCUGCAUUGGAACGUGAAAUUCAACUCGCUUAUGACCUUCCUUCUUACUGCAUAACUUGUGGACGCUGGGGUCACUGCUGCAAAAAAUCCCAACCCGUCGGAAAAGUCCUCACUGGCGGGGCAACCUUGGUAAGGCAGCAAGCUGAUAAGGAGAUCAAGCCAAAUAACACACAUCAGUGGGUCUGUAUUCAGAGGAAAGGAAAGGCACCAGCUCAUAAUGUGAUGGCAGGCAUCCAGCACACUCAGGCUAAUGGGCAAACGAACAAAGCCAAGCAAUGCUCAGACAUUCCGGGCCCUUCCAAGUUGGGGUACACAGAGCAAAACAGGCCCAAUUUACAUAUGCAUAAUGCUAGUGGAUCCCCAAAAAGCCCAAGUGUCUCACCCAAACUUGAAGCUGGGCCAACUACCGGCCCAUUGGUGCACAGUCUCUCCUCAACAGGCCUAUCCAGCCCAUCUAAACUAAAUACUACCAAGGCCUCUUUUUGCAAACAGGUAGGAGCUAAUAAUGAACACUCCUCUCCUUUGAACUACCUGGCACUUCUCUCCACCGUUGAGGACAUUGACACCCCAGGUACCCCUACAUGCAUUCACUCUGAUGAGGAAGGUGAGAGGGCUCAGGAUAAGAGUCCUCUUCUUGCCCUGGAGAACAAUUUUUCUCAGGCUAAUAUCAAUGCAGUCCCUUUCAUGAAGGGUAGAGGCACACCAGGGCUGAAAGAACUGCAUUAUGGAAUGCCAUAUCAUCUAGGGCCCCUAGCAUACAUCCAUGGAUCAUUGGAGGAGAUUUUAACUGCAUCCACAGCCUUGACCAACACAAAGGGAACUGCAAUCCUUGCAAUAACUCAGUGGAGGAUUUUAGAGAAUGCAUGGAAGCUGGCAAUCUCCUUUACAUUCAUCCUUGAGGAGGACAUUUUUCUUGGAGUGGGAAACGAAGCAAUGGGAAGCUUUGGCGCAGACUGGACCAUGUUUUUAGCAACCAACAGAUGCUGGAUAGGACUAGCAGUCUACAACUCUCUAUGCUUAUUCUUGGACUUGUGGGUUUCACACCACACUUUAGAAGGCACCAUCAGAUCUUUUUGGCAGAGCAAUAAAACCUACAAUGGAAUGAAAGGCCUUGGGAGAAAACUCAAGGAUCUCAAGGCCAUUUUGUCCAAAUGGAGCAAGGAGGAGUUUGGUAACAUCUUCCAGCAACUUAAGGAGGCAGAAUCUAGAGCAAGCAGGGCACAAGACCAUUUUGAGGCAAACCCAAACCCGGAAUCUUUGGUUGAAUUUAACAAGGCCAAUGCUGAAUUACUCUUAUUUUCCAAAAGAGAAACUGACUUUUGGAGGCAGAAGUCUUGCAUCAGAUGGUUAAAAGAGGGGGAUGCAAGCACAAAAUUCUUUCAUAAUGUGGUUAAAAAUAGGCGCCAGAAGCUUAGGAUCUCCUCCAUCAAGGAUGAUCUUGGCCUGAACAUCGAGGGGGACAGUAACAUUGCUUCACACGCAAUUGAUUACUACACCAAGAUCUACUCUGAAGAAUCCGUCAUCCAUGAAGAAGUGACUAGAGCAACCCAAGAGUUCUUCCUAGGCCUGCCCAUUCCUAAAUCCUAUGGGGCCACUCUCCUCACUCUGAUUCCUAAGAUGGACAACCCUAAAUCUUUGGGAGAUUACAGGCCAAUCUCACUGUCCACUUUCCUCUCAAAAAUCAACACUAAGAUACUAACCAAUAGACUGGGUGCACUACUUCACAAACUCAUCAGCCCUGAGCAAAGUGGGUUUCAACCAGGUAAAGGAGUGGAAGAAAACAUCCUCCUUACCCAGGAGAUGAUCCACUGCCUUGACAACCCGUCUGGAAGUGCCAACAUUGCUAUUAAAGUGGACUUUGCAAAAGCGUUCGACAAAAUUUCUUGGCAGUUCUUAGAGGUUACUCUAAACUCCUUUGGCUUUUCCUCACAGUCCUGCCACCUUCUCCUAUCCACACUCAAGGCCACCCAUUUCUCCAUUCUCAUUAAUGGAUCUCCUCAUGGGUUUUUCAAAAUGAAGAGAGGGGUUAAGCAAGGUGACCCUCUCUCCCCACUUCUCUUCAUACUUGGAAAUGAGGGUUUAAGUAGAAUAAUUAAGGGGAAGGUUGAGGAGGGUUACCUUAAAGCCAUCCAAACAAGGAGAAACCAACCCCCCUCCCACCUUGCAUAUGCAGAUGACAUAAUAUUUUUCCUAAAUGGCCAUUUCAGAAACCUGAUCAGAUUCAAAGGGAUUAUUGACUGCUUUCUCAAUUCAUCAGGACACAUGAUCAAUCUCAACAAAAGUCACUUCUACACUGGUCCAAGAGUGAAGCCAGAAAUCAAAGCUAACAUGCAAAGGGCACUUCAAAUGGGAGAGGGCAAAUUACCUCUAAAUUACUUAGGGGCAACCAUUGGAAAAGCAAAUGCCCAAAUCUAUUCACAACAUGUUGAACAAGAAGAUGCAGAACUUUCUAUGGGGAUACAAAGAGGGAAGGCCUAAAUAUCAUUGGGUAUCUUGGAGAGGACUAUGCUUCCCAAAACAUGAGGGAGGUCUGGGCAUUAGACACCUGGAAGAUGUAGAAGCAGCAUACUCAGCCAAACUUUGGUGGAAGAUUAGGAACUCCCAUGGCAUUUGGGGAGAAUACAUGAGGAGUAGAUACCUAGAUUCUUUUAAAGAACGUCCUAAGGACACUGUGAGGG